AGCUCGCCAGCAACGAAAACGCAAAACACCAAACAAACCAACAAUCUCAGGUCCUCCACCUACCUUUCUAGCACAAAGAUUCCAUCAAAAUGUUCUCCAAGACCCUCGUCACCCUCGUCCUCGCCGCGGCCUCCGCCCUCGCGACCCCGCUCUCGGCCCGCCAGUCCGCCCCGCCGCCAACCUCCUUCGCCCCCUCGGCGACCUUCGUCUACAACACCCGCAACGGCGCCAUCUACCCCUCCAACUACGGCGGCGUCGUCUCCAAGUACACCUUGAACGAGGGGAACGACCUCACGUCCCUCCUGACCUUCACCUACCCGCAGGCCGCCGCCGGCAAGAAGUGCCAGCUCUGGUUCCUCCUUGACGGGCCCACCUCGGGCGUCUCGGGCAGCCGCAAGCUCGACGUCUUCACCUCGACCAAGCCGGCCCCCGCUGGCGGUUCGCCCGGCUGGGGAGCCGGCGGCCCCGGCAACCAGCGCGACGCGAACCUCGGGCGCUGGUCCCUUCCUGCCGCCGCCGCUGGCGGCUGGGCGACCUGGGACGCGACGUACGGCGCUUACCUGACGGCGCCGACGGACUGCAAGGCGCCCGGCACCGUCGAGGGCUUCGAGCUCGUGGGCGUCUAUGACAACGACUACGUCUCGUGGGACGCCCAGCUCUCGGGCGCGAGGAUCGCCUACUUUUGAGCUCCCCUCGUCAGGUCAUGGUUAGCGAGGGGGCGGGGUUAGGCUCGCUAGGAUCUGGGCACACGGGGGAACGAAGGG